AUGGUUUGCUAUACCAUGAUGGAAAGAGUUCUGGAGCAACAUGCUCAAGAGCAUCCAGGCGCUAUGGCCGUGCUGGACGGGCCUCAAGCCCUCACGUAUGGGCAACUGCUAGCCCGUGCCACAUGCCUGGCGGACAGUCUUCAGCUGAAAGACAAGGUUGAGGCGGAAGAGCCCGUCGGUAUUCUUCUCAACCCUGGCCUGGGUCAAGUGGUGGCCCAAGUGGCCGUCCGUCUCGUCGGUGCAACAUGCGUCCCUCUUGAGCCUAACCAGCCCCCGAAGCGGAUCUAUGAAUUGUUUCGUGAUGUUGCCAUCAGACGAGUGAUCAUUGAGGAUUUGUGUACCAAUCGUUAUGAAGGCUUCGACCUUUACCCGAUGGAACACCUCGAACCCGCGCUAUUCCGCCACGAUGGUCACCUGGUUACUCAGAAAGACUGUCCCUAG